UCCCAUCAGCACCCCAACUCCUCAUCAAGCUGUGGAUCCUCGGCCUCUGGCCUUCCUCUGCAGAGUCUCCAGUGUCCACCCUCCGCACAGCCCUGAAAGUAGGAGGAGGGGAGAAGCAGGAGCCCGACCACACCCUGUUGCCUGUGGGCCUGUGGCUCUGCUGUCUCUGUCAUUCACCCUUUUACUGUGCAGUCAGCGGCCCGGGCCGCUAGCUCGCUGCCACCAUGAGUCUGGGCAUCAUGGAGGAGGAGGACCUGGCCGAGUACUUCCGGCUGCAGUACGGGGAGCGGCUGAUGCAGCUGCUGCAGAAGUUCCCCAGUGUCGAGGAGCAGUCGGAGUCUCCAUCUAUCCGACUGCUGGAGAAGAAGAAGGAAGCCAAGGUCAUGCAUCUUGCGAUGGAGCAGAAGAAGGAGACAUUUCAGCGCAGGAUGGAAACCCUGAACCUACGCUGGGAGGAACUGGGCGUCAGGGAAGCCCAGCUGAAGGCCCACAUCCAGAAGUUUGAGCAAUUCAUCCAGGAGAAUGACCAGAAGCGGAUCCGCGCCUUGAAGAAAGCCAACAAGGAGCGAGAGCUCAAGAGGAAUCGCAUGCGGGACCUGGCCAAGGCCAAGCAGGAGAUGGCGGCCCUGCGGCUGGAGCAGCAGAGGCUGAGCAACAAGCUGCAGGAGUACUCCAUCUUCAACAAGUACCUGGAGAAGGUGGUGGAGAACUCUGAGUUCGAGGAGAUCCACGAAGUGAUCGCGCGCUACAAGACGCUGGUGAGCAUGCACCAUGACCUCAUGCAGUCGGCGCAGGAGGGCCAGGAGAAGAUCGAGCGUGCCAAAGCGCGGCUGGCCCGCUACAUGGAGGAGAAGGACGACGAGAUCCUGCAGCAUAACAACGAGCUGGCGCGGCUGCAGAUGCGGUUCGACCGCGCCCGCAGCGACGUCAUCAUCUGGGAAUCUCGCUGGGCACACAUUCAGAACACCGCGGCCAAGAAGACCCUCCUGCUUGGCACCAUCAAGAUGGCAACACUGAACCUCUUCCAGAUCGUCAGCAAGCAGCUGAAGGAGACGACCAGCGUGGCCCUGGAUGACACUCACAAACAACUGGACAUGAUCCAGCAGUUUAUCCAAGACCUGUCAGACAUCUGGGCAGAAGUGAAGAAGAAGGAAGCACAGCAAGUCCGGGUUUAAGGAGACAGCAUGGUUCCAGAAUGUUCUGAGAUAGAGACUGACAGAAUAAGUCGGUGGAGUUCGUGGUCCAGUCAGCCUGGUCCAGCCUCGGUAGACCCCGUGCCUGUCUUGCCAUUUUCUCCUCGGGCCUUGGUCCACCCCAGC